AAGCGGAAUGUCCGCGUACGAAAAGAUCGCCAACGAAAGCUGGACUGUUGUUGAUAACCUUGACGGCAUUCCACCGGUUGCUGCUGCAGGCCGAACCAGCACGAAUGUUACGCUAAUGUGGCAAAACUUGACCAUAACGCCUGUCCGAAGGAUAGCGUCAUCUAGUGGUGGUGGUAGUGGUGAUGGUGGACAGCUUCCGGUACUGAAUGACAUUAGCGGCACUUUGCAGCCGGGAACGCUUGUUGCCCUGAUGGGACCUAGUGGAGCGGGCAAGACGACGCUGAUGUCCGCCCUGGCCUAUCGGAUGAGUGACAAAAUGACCAUUGCCGGAGACAUUCGCGUUAACGGAUGUACGAUCGGACCGUUCAUGUACAACAUCAGUGGCUACAUCUAUCAGGACGAACUGCUGCCGGAUUCGAUCACCGUGCAGGAGCAUCUACAACUGAUGGCCCAUCUGAAGCUCGGCAAGCACGUGUCGGCCGACCGCAAGCGAACCAUGAUCGCGGACAUACUCUCCAAAACCGGACUCGAACGGUGCGCCAACACCAAGAUUGCAAACGCAUCCGGCAACGGCAAAACGUUGUCGGGCGGCGAAAAGAAGCGACUGGCGUUCGCCGUGGAGUUACUAUCCAAGCCAAAGUUCCUGUUUUGUGACGAACCAACGACGGGUUUGGAUUCGUACAGUGCUCGGCAGCUGGUUGAGAUGAUGAAGUCACUGACACGUGCUGGCACAACCGUCCUGUGCAGCAUCCAUCAGCCAGCGGAAAAGCUGCUGUACGAGUUUGACAGUUUAAUCUUGCUCACUGGUGGACAGACUGGGUUUAUCGGAUCGCCACAGGAAGCGGUACAGUUCUUCCGGUUGCAAGGAUUAGAGUGUGAGGAUGGCUACAAUACGGCUGACUUUCUAAUCAAGGUGCUUUCCAGCACAACUACUGCCAAAACUACCAAGGGCAAUCAGUUCACUACUGCGGCGAUCUGUCCAAAGACCAUAUGCAACAAUUACCUCGCCAGUGAGGCUGCCCGACGCCAGGAAGCGUUCAUCAGUGCGGAACUGUACAGUACGGUCGUGAAUGGAAGGGACCAAGCAUUCCGGAAGCAGUUUGGCAAGGCUCGCGGCCAUUGCUGGUUCUAUACACUGUACUGGCUGAUGUAUCGACACGUGCUUCAGGUUCACCGGAAUCCAAACUUGCAGUAUUUCAAAAUUGUUCAACGAAUAGCUAUCGCCGUACUGGUCGGACUCUGCUUUUCCGAUGCAAUUGAACUAUCGCAACGGGGCGUGCAGGCGAUGCAGGGCGUGAUCUUUCUGAUCGUCUCGGAGAACACCUUCCUACCGAUGUACGCCGCACUGUCGAUGUUUCCCGAAAGUUUCCCACUGUUUCAGCGCGAGAAGAAAGCGAAUCUUUACAGCACGGCUCAAUUCUAUAUUUCAAGCAUCCUUUCGAUGAGCCCAUUCGUCCUGCUGGAGACAUGCGCAUUCAUCCUGAUUGUGUACUUCUUCGCCAACCUACGACCGACGCUGCUUGGACUGAUCGUCACAGUGGCGGUGUCCGUUUUGGUAAUGAACGUGUCGAUCGCAUGCGGUUGCUUCUUCUCCACGCUGUUCCCCACGGUCGCAUCUGCCAUGUCGUACUUGGUGCCGUUCGAUUACAUUUUGAUGAUAACGUCUGGCAUUUUUAUCAAAAUCUGGUCCAUGCCCAUCUACAUGCGCUGGAUGCCGUUCAUUUCCUGGAUGAUGUUCGCCAGUGAAGCAAUCUCGAUUGCCCAAUGGGAUGGAGUGAAGAAUAUUGAAUGUUCCAACAUAAUUCCAAGCAUUUGUCUGCACAAUGGUGAGCAGGUGUUGGAUCAAUAUUCAUUCAGCAGUAAACAUCUGCGGACGGACUUUCUAGUGCUCGUUGGGCAAUACUUUAUCUAUCAUGUGCUGGCAAUGCUGUGCCUGGCCAGACGUGUGUCCCGCAACUAA